AUGAUUGCGAGCUGUUCCGGCUAUCUCAGCCCGUCACAAUCGACAGAUAGCACGUCCACCCGCUAUUCCCACCUCAGCCUGCUCACCUCCUCCUCAUCCGUGUCUUCCGCUGCUACGGCACCGUCGCCUCUUCCAUCGCCGUCGACAUCGGUGCAUUCUAUUGGAAGCAAGACGCAUGCCUUUUUCAGCUCUCCAUUCGAGGGCUCGCCUACGCCCCUCCCGCCUCCCAACCCGCCCACACGGGUUUCGUCGAUAAGAUCCCAAGCGUCCGUUUCCUCGCUUUACUCGCCCACAUCGUCGGCGUCCUGCGACCACGACGGUUGUUCCAAGGCCGACGAAACACCACGUAUCCACCAGCGCGUCCCCAAGCGCUCCCUAAACGCCGAGUUUUUCGGUCCUUCUCUUCUCCCCACACCUCCGCCCCGCACGGCGAGGCUUCCGCUGAGUCCGUCAGAUUCUCGAGAAGGCUCGCUAUCGCCUCCUCCCACCCGACAGACACUCCCACCUAUCCCGCUCUCGCGGCUCUUCCCGUCGCGGAGGCGCUACGGAACCGAGGAUGCGCGUUCGCGAGAGCCAUCGCCUCAUCAUCGGCGCGAGUUCGUGGAGCACGACAAUGGCCCGCCGCCGAACUCACAUUUACUUGUAUCCUCACCAGCUAUUGAGAGUGUAACCGUAGGGGCUCCUAUGCUGCCGGACUCGAUCGAUUUGCCUACUCCACUCGCUUUACCUGCCGAAGCUGAAGGUGCAUCCUAUGUUACUGGAGCAUCCGAAUCCAAGCCGUUACCGCCAUUACCAUCGUCUGUCUCUCAGGGCGAUGAAACAGAGUCUCAAGUAUCCGUCCUGGAGGCGGGCACAGUGCUGAAGAGCGCCUCGCUCUCACUCCGUUUGGAACGCGUGCUGGGCCAUGGCGCAUUUAGCAGCGUAUGGUUAGCACGGGACGUUGACGGUCAGCUCAAGGCGCUCGAGCUGUCACGGAAGACGAGUCUUCUCAGGAGCAGAAGUGAGAAAAGGGGUAGGAGAAAGCGGCUUGAGGGCACGAGGCCGAGGCUGAUAACAGGUCUGGCAAAUGGUGAGGGAGGUGCCCCUUUGAGGAGAGGGAAGGCGACAGCGCAUGCAAGGAAGGCCAGUGACGAAAGUGCAGAAAGUGUGGAGAGCGUGUAUUUGAGUGAGAACCGAGAGGGCGGGAGGAGUGCGUGUGUGGUUGAAAGGAAAUCGGCGGAGGGUAGGCUGGUCGCUGUGAAGAUGACGGAGCGGGCGUUGUGCGAGAAGGACUCGAGGUCGCGUGUGAGUUUCGUGCGCGAAGUGGAGAUUUUGCGUCACAUCUCACAUCCUUCAAUUAUCUCAUACGUGCACUCCUUCAGCACUCCGUCGCAUCAUUGUCUUGUCCUGGAGUAUGUCGGAGGAGGCGAGCUCUUCGACUUGAUUAAUAACAGCGAGAGUCACGCCCGCCUUGACGAGCCUCUUGUCCGUCGUAUAUGGGGCGAGCUCUGCAAGGCUGUUGGAUGGAUGCAUGGUGUCGGACUUGUUCAUCGCGAUAUCAAGUUGGAAAACAUCCUUCUCACAACUUCUAUCUUCUCUUCACCCCUCCCAACACCUCCAUCUCCGCUGGUCAAGCUCUCCGAUUUCGGUCUCUCGCGGUUCAUUGACCCGGCCCAGCCGCUCCUCACGACCCUCUGCGGCUCUGAGUCCUACGCCGCACCCGAGCUUGUCACCGGGCGUCCGUACGACGGGCGCGAAACUGAUGCAUGGGCAUGCGGUGUUGUGCUAUAUGCGCUCGCGACGCGCCGGCUGCCGUUCGACAAGCCCCGCGCCCGCGUCGCCUCGCGUGAGCGCGAGAUGGGGUUCCCUCAGCGCGAGGCGAAGCGCAGGGAUGCCAUACGCAUGGAGCGGCGGGCGCUCUUGAUGCGCAUCGCAAAGGCGGAGUAUUCUUGGCCUGAGCAGGAGGAGGAAGGAGACGGCAUUGCGGAUGGUGGAGAGGAGCAGGAUGGCCGCUUGACGGGGACGGCGCUCGUGCGGAGUCAAGGGCUGCGGAGGAUGGUGGAGCGGCUGCUCGUGCGCGAUCCAAAGAAGCGCUCGAAAAUCAUUGACCUGUGGGAGGACGAAUGGAUGCAUGGCGAGGGCGCCCCGCUGGCGCCGUUGAUGUCUGCCUCAGACAUGGAGCCCUCGAACGCCGACACUUUCGCCGGCGUUGAGGCCGGCUCAGACGCGGUAUUGCCUGAGCAAGUAGAAGCUGGAUCGGAAGCUGAUGCCGACCAGGACGCGGACGUAGAUGCGGAUGUGGAUGCGGACGAUGAAGGGCUCAUCGUUGAUGAGCAUGAUAUCGGCCCGGGCAGUGUCGCUCAUCAAGAGCAUUGA